CUGCAGGCAGACAGAGGAAAAUACAUCGGUCUAUUACUGUAGGGAAUCGGUGCGCAGAGAAAGAAUGCGCGUUUGUUGUGUGUUUCAUAACUCUAAAUAUCUGUUUCAAUGUUUAAAAGACAAACGCAUGAGCCUCACUCUCUUCAUUACCAUUACUCUUGUAUUUCAGCACCAUAUCCUCGCUGUAUUGUGCGUAACGCAUUUCCACACUACACAGUGCCAUUUAUGCGCAAUUUCUCCAUGCCACAGCCUCGCCACUUUACAUUUACCUUGUAUGCAAUCUCGCUCACCUACAACGAAACCAAGUGGUGAAACGCACAGGGAGCAGCGCAGCUAUAGGAGGGGGUUGCAAAGGAGGCGGACCUAACGCGACCCCCACAGCUGAGCUUCACAAGGUUUUUACAAUGCCGACCAUUUCUUAAAGCGCAUUUUGUAGCCGCUGGCGUAAAAGAGCGACGCUCCGAUUGUGCGUAAAAAAAAACCCCCCAAAAGAACGUAAUAUACUACCACUUUCACUGAGAAAAAAAAAAAGAAGAGAAACCACGCGAGGAGGGAAGCGAUUCUGAUCACAUUUAUUCCCACUCAUCACAGGAAUUAACUUGAAGGCUUCGUGAGAAGAACCUUUUUGAUAUUCAAGAUACUGAGCGACUUUAAAGGAUAAUCUACAUCAAGACACAAGCCAAAAAAACCAAAACAAAGUUGGAUGAUGGAACCUACUCAGUCAGAGAUGAACAUCUUAUCCAAUGGGAAAAGUCACGACGUCGGAGGUGAUGUGGGAGUGCCGGUGAAGACGUGGCCAGAAGAGGAUCAAAAUGGCACUCCAGCAGUCAGAUUUGAUGAUCCUGAUGGAGGACUGGAGAACGAGGGAUUUCUGCCCAGUGCAGAUGGAAAAAAACCUAUACGCUUCACAGAUUUUGAAGGAAAAACCUCUUUUGGCAUGUCUGUCUUCAACCUGGGUAAUGCUAUUAUGGGCAGUGGAAUCCUGGGGUUGGCGUAUGCGAUGGCUAACACCGGCAUACUCCUCUUCUGGUUCCUUCUGACUGCAGUAGCACUAUUGUCAUCUUACUCCAUUCAUCUGCUGCUCAAAUCCUCUGGCAUUGUGGGAAUUCGAGCUUAUGAGCAGCUGGGUUACAGGGCCUUCGGCACUCCUGGAAAAAUGGCUGCUGGCAUCGCAAUCACCCUACAGAAUAUUGGAGCUAUGUCCAGCUACCUUUACAUCGUCAAAUCUGAGUUACCGCUGGUGAUCCAGGCUUUCCUCAAGGCAGACCCCAACUCUGAUCUGUGGUACUUGAAUGGAAACUACCUGGUCAUAAUGGUCUCUGCCAGUAUCAUCCUGCCCCUGGCUUUAAUGAAACAGCUCGGUUACCUCGGCUAUACCAGUGGAUUUUCUCUCAGCUGCAUGGUGUUCUUCCUCUCUGCGGUCACCUAUAAGAAGUUUCAGAUUCCCUGCCCGUUUGAGGACUAUGCAGCCAACAGUACUGCGGUCCAUCCCAGCCUGAACGUCUCGAGCCACGGCCACGAGUACAGCAACGGGUUGGUUCAUGAGGACGAUGACGCCCACUGCUCCCCACGUCUGUUCACCAUCAACUCACAGACAGCGUACACUAUUCCCAUCUUGGCUUUCGCCUUUGUGUGCCACCCUGAGGUCCUCCCCAUCUACACCGAGCUCCGCAAUCCAACAAAGAAGAAGAUGCAGAAGGUGUCCAACAUCUCCAUCUUAGUCAUGUACACCAUGUACUUCCUGGCAGCUCUCUUUGGCUACCUGACCUUUUAUGACAAUGUGGAGCCUGAACUGCUGCACACUUACAGCCGGAUUGAUCCUUACGACACUCUGAUCCUGUGUGUGCGAGUGGCCGUCCUCACAGCCGUGACGCUGACCGUCCCUAUUGUGUUGUUCCCUGUACGUAGAGCCAUCCAGCAGAUGUUGUUCCCCACCAAGUCUUUCAGCUGGUUGCGUCACAUUGCCAUUGCUGGUGUUCUGCUCACCCUGAUCAACCUCCUGGUGAUAUUUGCUCCCAAUAUUCUGGGCAUCUUUGGCAUCAUUGGUGCCACGUCCGCUCCCUGCCUCAUUUUCAUCUUCCCUGCAGUCUUUUACAUCCGCAUCGUUCCCAAAGACGACGAACCCAUGACCUCCGUCAGUAAGAUACUGGCUGUCUGUUUUGCUGCUUUGGGUGUCUUAUUCAUGGUAAUGAGUCUGAGCUUCAUCAUCAUCGACUGGACAACGGGGGGCGGCAUGGCUGCAGGAGGCCACUAAGAUGCUGCGUUGGUGUGUGUGAUGUCUGAAAAGCACUGGAGCAUUGUGGCCUCAGUAGGAACACACUACAGGGCUGCCCCAGCUUUGUAACAACACAUACACUAUAGUAUGUUGGUUGGAAUCACACAAUUUUUUAAAAACUUUAACUUAACACAUAUUUGAACAAAAUCCUUGCAUAACAAAGUUCUCUAAUUCAAUUUAACUUAGUGCAACAGUAAUGCAAUGUUUCUGAAUAAUCAGGACUAAACAGGGUCUUUUUUUUAUUACCAUCUGUGACUGAAGUCCAUCUAUGAUGGUGAAAUGGUCCUUUUCCUCUUUAUUUACACACAAACAACUGCAGCGGGUUCUGUACAGAAAAAAGAAGGCAUGAUUAUCUGUUGGUCUGAAGACGGGAAGGCAUCAACAUAAAUAUAUAUAUAUGUAUAUAUAUAUAUAUAUAUAUGUAUAUAUAU